AUGUCAUCAUCAAACAAGAUACAGAAAAAGACAAAGUCCAUAGACGCCACGAAGAAACUAGCGGAGAAGAUUAAAAAACAAGCAUUACUCAAACAGAAAGAACUACAGAAACUGUCAAAUCAGGAUGCUGAUGCUGAUGCUGAUAACUCAACCACACAUACAGCAUUAUCCAAAGCUACUUCCACUUCACCAGUUUCUUCUACGGUGGAUCCAGAUGCGCAACUCAAAUUCAACACAUUUGCAGAAUUGAAACUCGUGCCUGACCUCCUUGAAGCCAUUCAGCAAUUGAAAUAUACUAAACCUACUCCGAUUCAAUCGGAAGCUAUCCCAUACGCUCUUGAAGGAAAAGAUAUAAUAGGUUUAGCCGUUACAGGGUCUGGAAAAACCGCAGCCUUUGCUAUCCCCAUACUACAAUCUCUAUGGCAUGCACAAACUCCUUAUUUUGGGCUCAUCCUUGCACCGACUAGAGAAUUGGCAUUCCAGAUUAAAGAGACUUUUGAUGCUCUUGGAUCAACCAUGGGGUUGCGAUCUGUUUGUAUAGUUGGAGGAAUGGAUAUGAUGGACCAAGCAAGAGAUUUAAUGCGCAAACCUCACAUCAUUGUUGCUACACCAGGAAGAAUAAUGGAUCAUUUAGAACACACAAAGGGAUUCAACUUGAAGAAUAUGAAAUAUCUUGUGAUGGACGAAGCUGAUCGUUUGCUUGAUAUGGAUUUUGGUCCUGUUUUAGACAAAAUAUUGAAGGUGAUUCCCGCAAAGAGAACCACGUACUUGUUCUCUGCAACAAUGACUAACAAGAUUGAAAAAUUACAGCGAGCAUCAUUGAAUAAUCCAGUGAAAGUUUCCGUUAGCACAAAAUAUCAAACUGCCGACAAUUUGAUACAGAGUAUGAUGUUGGUGAAUGAUGGAUACAAGAAUACUAUAUUGAUUCAUUUGUUGAAUGAAUUUAUGGGGAAAUCAACCAUUGUAUUUACGAGAACAGUGGCGCAUGCGCAAAGAACAGCGUUAUUAGCGAGAAUCUUGGGCUUUAACGCCGUGCCUCUACAUGGACAAUUGUCACAGGCUCAAAGGUUGGGAUCCUUGAAUAAGUUCAAAUCUGGAACCGUCAACAUUUUAGUUGCUACCGAUGUCGCCGCUAGAGGUUUGGAUAUUCCAUCUGUCGAUCUAGUGAUCAAUUAUGAUGUACCUACUGAUUCAAAGUCUUAUAUUCAUAGAGUUGGAAGAACUGCAAGAGCAGGAAGGUCAGGGAAAUCAAUAUCAUUGAUUACUCAAUACGAUUUGGAGAUGUAUUUGAGAAUCGAACAAGCCUUGGACAAAAAAUUGCCAAAGGAAGACAAACCAGCAAGAGAGAUUUUAGAUGCAUUACAUAUACACGUUGAUAAAGCUACUGCAGAAGCUAUUAGACAGACUAAGGAAAUACAUGAUAAACGAGGUAAUGGAAGGAGGAGAAAGAAUUAUGAUGAUGACCGCGAGGAGAAAUAG